AUGGAAUCCCCAUCUACUGUUUUCGAUCGACAAGUGGUCAUGGAUUGGCUGACUUCUAGGACGACAGAAUUGCAUGAGGCCGAAGAGACUAAUCAUCCGUGGCAAGUACAGAGUCUUGAGCCUUUUCACCAACCACUGCUUAGGUUCUGGGAUGAAUUCUCAGGAAGCCCACUAGUGGAUGUAGUUGCAGAGGAAAGACCUCAUGCCCGAAAUAGGAGAGUCACUGCUAUUGACCCUAAUAUACGAAUCAAGAACGGAUUACCCGUUAUUGACGUUGAAGCCGAGAUAAAGCACUAUAGGAUUAAACCUCUGUAUGCGAAAUCUGAGGGAUAUGCCAAGGGUCAUUGCAUGUUUUUGUGGCAGGUCACAAAAGAUGAGAUUGUGGGCAGUCGGAAGUGGACCGAUCUAGAAGAAGGUGACAAAAAUUGGUAUAAUAAUAUCAUCAUGCCUGCUUAUAGGAAGUUCGUUGUAAACACCACUAUUACGCCCUUGGAAGCUUCCUUUGAAGAGUUACCAGUUAUUUUUAGUACUACUGACUUGGAGGACACUGGUUCAUCGAGUGCGAAGCAGUGA